AUACCGUGGCAACGGGAGACGCGAAGGCCCUGGCGGUGGGUGAGUACGCCACGACGAAAACGAAGACCACGGCCGAAACUACUCCCUACAGCGCCAAGUCCUCGUCUAAGUCGUCUGCCACAGCCGCCAGCGGCCGCAAGCUGCAGGGCCAUCCGGACACCUAUACGGACGCCAAGGCCAAGGCUAAGGCCGAGGCUACAGGUUACUAUGGCUACGCUGACUCGGACACCAAAACCGUGGCGCUGCCCUACGUGGCGGGCUCAAAAUCCUCUUCCACGGCCGCCAACGCCCACCCCUACGGCUACUACU